AUGAAGAUCGCCAAAGCUGAACUCGCCAAAGUCAAGGCUCUACAUGACUUCGAGUUACAGGUGAUCAACAUCCACGAUAGAGGACAGGAAAUGUGGAAGGGGAGAUAUGUCUACUGGAUACCUGUACUUCACCUGGACGGAGAGGAGAUAGCCAAAGGUUGCUGGGGUGCUUCAACGGUGCUGACGGCUUUGCGAGAGCGUUAUUCAGGACUGGAUUCCGGGAGCCCACCAAAAUAG